UGCGUGGUUACGGUAGCGCGUUUAGGAUCAAGCAACGGGAGUGUUCUAUUAGUAGUUUCAGUUAUUUCUGGGGGGUGACUCGUUUUACGUUUGCAUUAUAAUUGGUCAAGUGUGGCAAUUUCGUGGCAUCCUUACAUAUACUAGUAUUAGUAGUACCGUACACGUAGGGACGUAAUCUGAAAUCGACGUGACCCUGAAAUCGAUGCAAACAGAGCAACAAUCAUCUGAGACUGCGUGUUCUUCCUAAAAAUUAAUUCUCGUUGCUUCGAACAACAUACCACUCGGAGAUAUCUGCUUCUCCUGUAAUUGCGUCAAUUAUACGCACGCACGCACGCACAUACAUAACGCACAACUCUGCAUUGCGCGUUUAUUGGAUAUUGUACCAUCUCCCGUAGGCUAUGGCAGAACACGAACACGAUCACGAUUUUCAUACGGGCGAUGCUGGUGCUGCUACAACAUAUCCGAAGCAGUGCUCUGCUCUUCGCAAGAAUGAGAAUGUUAUGCUCAAAGGGCGUCCGUGCAAGGUUGUGGAAAUGAGUACUUCCAAAACUGGUAAGCACGGUCAUGCCAAAGUCCAUCUUGUUGGUUUGGAUAUCUUUACUGGUAAGAAGUUGGAAGAUAUUUGUCCAUCCACUCACAAUAUGGAUGUUCCUGUAGUGAAACGUAAAGAAUAUCAGCUCUUGUCAAUAAAUGACGACGGUUACGUCAGCUUAAUGGAUCUAGAUACGUGUGAAACAAAGGAUGACUUGAAGUUACCUGAGGGUGACCUGGGAGAUCAGAUCAAACAGGCAUAUGAAAAAGACGAAAAUGGGAUAUUGUGUCUCGUUGUUGCUGCAUGUGGUGAGGAGGCUAUACUCGGUUUUAAGAAUAUGCCGAACAAGGAAGAAAAAUGAGGCCUUUGGUGGUCGGUGCUCAGAAUUACCCCUGAUGUUGUUUGGUUUGAGGACAAUCAUCGAAUGUUACGUUUCGCUUUUUUUUUGGAAGGAGGAAUAUACGUCACAUUGACUUGUUCCCAUUACCUGUCGUUGGUUAAAUUUUUGUAGUGUCACUCCGUCGUACUUGGUAUUAAAACUGUAUUUCUUUGUUACUGUAAUCAUUUAUUAGUUGUUCGUGUUUACUACUGGGGUUAUGUGUACUCUUGCUAUACAAUCAUCGUCACAUAAUUCUUUUGUGACGUUCUUGAAUUUUUUGAAUUCUUAACCCCAACAGAGGCGCGCGGACAGACCUUUUCCUCGCUCUUCUUUUCUGCUUUCAAAUUAUAUUACUACUUGGCAGUUUUUUUUCUUAAAAGUUGUUUUGUUGAAUAAACUAUUUAAAAAACUUUUAUUUCUUCGGUGAAAUUAGUCUUAUAGGUUAUCUCACAAAAAUUGAGAUUGAGGGAAUCAAAUUCAAGAAAGUUUAAAGGAUACCUGUGAUAUCCUACAAUGGUUCUCUGCUACGAAUUCGCCUGUGUGAUAAGAUACUGGAUCUGCAACAACACAUAUGCAGUGCAAUGAUGUCGAUUCUAUUGCAUCGAUUUGAAUGAAAAUAUUUCGGCUAGUCUUUCGGAAUUAUAAAAGAGCAUCGCCAACGAUGUCUGUAAGAAGUUGCGCAGAUAUGUCAUAUACAUUAGAAUCUUGGCAAAGAGCUGGUGUCCAUUAAGAAUGCUUGUACAUCUGAUGUCACUAACAUGGGGUUGUACGUCAACAUGGUGAUUCCAAGUCUCACUGUUCACUGAAGAUAUGAGAGAUGAUAAUUUUAUUGCUGUCCUUCGUUGGUUAGGUUGACAGAAUAUUUACGUUAAACUCAGCUUGCUGAAACAAUAUUUCGAAUUUUAUUAGCUUUGCAGCUAUUACAGGAUGUAAAAAUCAUGCCUGUGCGACUUGUUUCCAUUAAGAACCUUUCCAAUUAUCUGUCAAACAUUUUGUUGAGCGACUAAUUUAUUAUUCGC